AUGCAGCUUGGACGUUACCAGCAAAUUUUCCCAUCCUGCUGGUGCAUUUUGGUUUCUGCAGACAAGAACAACUACAUGGGGAAUGGUUCAUUUGAACAACCAGAGAGCAGCUCUAUCGAAGCAAUGCAAGUUACGGGAUUGCAAGAUCAGGAGGCGGUCCGAGAGUGCAAUUUGCUUCGCAGUCUGCUUUUACGUGAUAGCACAGAUGUGCAUUCUCCAUCGUUUGCUUUAUCAAGUUGCCCUUGUAGCAGCAAAGAAGAAAUGGUGAAAUUCAGCAACGUCCUUAUCUGCAUAUCCAUUGCAUUUAUGGUCUGCAUCUCCUCGAGGGAAGCUGUUGCAGAUAAAGGAACUGCCACCUUCUACACUCCUCCAUACGUUCCUUCUUCUUGUUAUGGGUACGACAAUGAAGGAGUGAUGAUUGCGGCUGCCAGUGAUGCAAUUUGGGAUAACCGAGCAGCUUGCGGCAGAAAAUACGAAGUUAGAUGCAUAGGCGCAACCAACCAAGGUGACCCUCAUCCCUGCAGAGGCAAUGAACAUGUGGUGGUGAAAAUAGUUGACUAUUGCCCUUCACCUGCUUGUCAAGGCACCAUUGAUUUAUCCCAAGAAGCUUUCGCAGCCAUAGCCAAUCCGGAUGCCGGAAAAAUUCAAAUAUCCUUUCAACAGAUAUGA